GUUCGGGGGCUCACUCCCUCAAGAAGCCGGCCCACCAUCUGGCGAAGCAGCCAUGGACCACGGCCGGCCGCGAGGUAUGGGCCCCCAUUUCAUGGCCGCCAACUAUGCCAUGAGCCCCUUCACGGCGCCAGGGGUCUCCAUGCCGCCGGGCUCCAUCUCCGUGGAGCCCUGGGCCCACAAGCCCAACCUGGCGCAGCGCAACGAGGCGGAGCGCGUUCGAAAGCGGGAGGAGGACUUCCAGGCGCGGCGCCUGGCGGCGCUGAAGGCGAAGGCGGCGGAGGUCUUGGAGAAGAAGCUCCAGGAGAAGCGCCGAGAGGUGCUCGCUGCUCUGGAGAAGAAGGCCGAGCAGGCGAUGCAGGCAGCCGUCCGUACCUCUGCAGAAGAGGCCUCCCGGCCGGGAAGAGGCAGCUCUUCUGCUGAAGCACGGGGCAGUGAGGCUGCGAGGAGCCGCGCUUCCGUGGGAGCGGCGCCCUCGGAGCCGCGCCGCUUCACCGCGGAGGGCGCGAGGCCCAAGGCGCAGCCAGAGAGCCGCGAUGGCCAGGAUGUCAGCAGGGCUGCAGUGGAGAAGCGCUCGCGCCAGGAGGAGGAGAGGAAGCGCGAGUUCGAGCAACAGCAGAGCGAGGUCCGCCAAAGGAUCGCGGAGCGGGCCAAAGCCAUCCGGGAGGAAGCGCAGAGAGGUCCGGAGGAGAAGGUUGCGGUGCCAAAGUCCCUGGAGGUGCCGCAGGUUUCGGUGCCGCAGGUACCAUCGGAGCCCCCAAAGGAGCUUCGGCCCGGCGUUUCCGCCAAGAGGAUGCGGACGCGGAAGAGGUCGCGGAGGCGAGCCUGCAGCCGGGAGGCGCCUGUGGACAUCGAGCAGGAUCGGCGGCGGCACAGCCAGGGGGUGGCCGACCUCGAGGUACACUUUGAGGUGCCUGAGGAGAGCGUUCAGCCGGAGGUCACGCACCGGUCCAACUCCCGGGAGUCCAGGCUGAGCCCGGAGGCGCGCAGCCUUCGUGCCAGGAAGCGACCAUUGAGCCGCGAUUCCCGGGGUGCGCGCAGCCUUUCGCGCGCGCGCCGAGUCAGGUGACUGAGUGCCCGAAGACCUUGGGGU